AUGUCCUUGCCAACCGCUGAUACCAAAAAAGAUGUUAGUCUUGUCAGUGCCGAUGAAACGAGUGAUAUGCAGGGCAAACUCAGAUGCUUGCAAAAGCUGUUGAAGAACCCGGUAAGUCUUCGCGUUCAAAAAUAUAUUUUUCUCAUAAUAUUUAUUUUUCCAGAGAGCCCGCAUACCGGAAGUCGUCUAUACUGUCAGACAAUACGUGAAAAGCAUGAAGGCACUCAUGAAUCUCAACAAGACGCCAUAUCAUUCAGUAAGUUCGCACUUUAAAAAAACUGGCAUAAUCAAUUAUUUUGCAGGAAAGUCGCGCCAAGAUCUCAAUCGUCUUCAAAAACGUCGCCGCCGUGGAGGACUACCUGAUCCGCGUCAUUCUUUGCGCCGAAGAUCCCGUGGUGGCCUGCCAGACGACGAUCACUGGAAAAAAGAGGGUUGUGAUACCAGUCAACCUCUAA